AUGCCUAACGGUCAAGCACAAACGUCUGGAGAUCAGCGAGGCAACAAUGUUGGACUCUCAUACUCUCAAAUCAUUCAGGAGAUUACCACAUCACCUUCGCCGCUCCAAGCUGGACUCCAUGAAGAGAAUAUUUGGGAGCGAGAACGGAUGGUUCGUCAAUGGGUGAAGUCAAAUAUCGACGCCUACUUCAUGACCAACAAGGCUGCAGCAAGGAACUUUGAUCUGCUGUACUCUACCCCAGAUAAGGACUACCAGACAAGCUGGCAAAAGCUGAGCCAGAUCUCAUCCAGACUCCCUAGCCUCAUGGACCUAGAGAGCCACGUGGAGUUCUCACAGAUCUGGCGUCAAAUUCUUGACGGGGUGCGAGCUGCAAUCCGAAAGACCGAGGAAGCAAACGCUCUCAUCUUCUUUUGGAGAAUCUGCCGAGAGUUUUUGGACAUGCAACCAACAGGGAACGCACACUACUGGUUUGGCAACAAACUUCCGAUUGAUUUCCUAUUGGCGACCAUCCUGGAAGAAACGAAGAAUGAUCAAAAAGGCCUCCCUUAUCUGUUGAAUCGCUUGGUUGCGGUUGUGUAUAGAGCUCCACGUGACGAAGUGACUCGGCUUCUUGAACGAGGUUACUUUCAGGCAAUUCAACAACUGAGAAUUUCCUGGAAUAGGCAAACCUUCACAAUCCCGCAGAUGGAAACAAAUUACCUGAUCCGCUGGCACGUGACACCUUCCCAUUUCUGGGCGCUCAUCAGUGAAUACGAAAAGCUGAUUUUACACGCCAUCGACAACUUUAAUGCUGGCGACGAGCGUAUUUUUAUCUUCCGGCACCAGUUUCUUUUUUUCCUGUCACGAUGCAAGCAAGAUCCUGGGAUCAUUCGCUGCACUGCAAAGUGCCUGUACAAAGACGCUCGACAGGUGCUGGAGAAUAGACAAGGCUUUCCCUGGGAUGGGGUGUCGAAUUCCCUCGGAUUUGCAGCGAGGACCCUGACGACUGUCCACGGCCAAACCCUGCUGCGUGACGUUCCAGAAAAUGUUCGUCAGAAUGCGAUUGACAAAGGAUUUGCCUAUCCGAUUGAUGCCUACAAUAUCCUAUCUCGUGGCAACGAUGAGUGUCGACGUCAAGCUGAACUCCUUCUCAGAGAUUUUGGGGGGGAGAGUUAG